AUGAGUGUGUGUACAAAAUGUUCAAAUACGUUUCCAGCUGGAUCUCGUAUUACAGAAUUCGAUGGUAAACAAUACCAUCCCGAUUGUUUUUCUUGUGCUGAUUGUCAAAAAGCAAUUACAUCACAAUUCUAUCCGUUCAAUAAUGAUUAUUUAUGUGGAACAUGUCAUGAAGCACGUUUUCCACGCAAACGUUGUGGUAAAUGUGGUUCAGUGAUUACAUCGGCCGGUAUUACAUUUGCUGGUGCUUCAUAUCAUGCAGCUUGUUUCGUAUGUGUAACAUGUAAACAACCAAUAUCAGCAACAUCGAAAAUUUCAAUGGUCGAUGGUCAACCAUGUUGUGUUAAUUGUUAUGAAGAUAAACAUGCAAAACGUUGUAGUCGUUGUCAUAAAGCUAUACUUGCUGAUGUUGAAUACCUUGAAUUUGAAGAUAAAUAUUGGCAUAAAGAAUGUUUUACAUGUUCUAAAUGUCAGAAAUGUAUUGCAGAAGAAAGUUUUUAUCAAGAUGGAAAUUUAAUUUUAUGCAAAGAUUGCAUUUAA